AUGGAUAACAAGUUGUUUCUUGGAACCCUAAUAUGUCUAAGCCUUGUGAUACACGCCACCAGCAUCAACGACGACGACAACCCUUUGAUAAACCAUUACGCUGAUUACGAAUCAAUCCAUCCCAGUGAGUAUUACAGCUCAGAUUUCGAACUCAAAGACGGAACCAAUGUGAUCUUCGAAGCUAUCAACGAACUAAAAGGUAUGAAGAAACCAAAAGCAGGGUUUGAGUGCAGCAUUGGCAGAAAACAUUGGACUAGGUCUCUCCCUGGAGACAUGUUCUACGCAAAGUUCUUCUUUUACAGGAUUAACCCUAACGCAAAGGUGGUUAACCGGUGUCAUUUCCGGUCUAAUUUGGGUUAUGUUAAUAUCAAUAUCGAGAUAACACCGGCGCUUGGAAGAAAGUGUCCUGGAUACAGAUGCGUUUUAGCGAUUAGACGUGAAGGUCUUUUGAUGAAAGAUACUAAUGAGCUUUAUCCUUGGACUCCUUGGCCUCAUCGUCAUAUUCAACCUAAGUUGCCUAAGAUGAUCACUAAUUAA